CAUAACCAAUGUCGUUCACUUCCACAGCGGGGCAGCAUAGUACCCACAGUACCCUACCCCAUCCAUGGGCAUUUGAGAGCAACUUAACUUGAUGUCAGAUGCCACAUACCAACAAUCUGAUGUCGAUAGAAAGCUAUAUAAGUGUGGACACAUGUCCACGCUCUGAUCACGAAGGUGUCCGCGGGAUCGAGGACCGUGACAUGAUAACAGACCUUUAUUUUACGCACGUUUACGCAAACGCACUAACUAACCACUGCUUUUCUACUGGAAUCAAAAACUAUGAUUUAUGGCGAGAAUUAUUGAAGUGUGGAUAAAAUGAAAUUUAAUGGCAGUCGAUUGCUGAACAUUUCCUCUUCACUGACUCCGAACGACAUCACUCUUAAUCGUCCACCCUGGGUCGCUACAACUUUGGGAAGCUUUUUGAUCUUCACUAUUGUGGUUGAUAUAUUGGGAAACCUCCUGGUGAUCUUCUCCGUCUGCAGAAACAAGAAACUUAGGAACGCAGCCUUGCUUUCUGUAUUCUCUGUGAAUGGAAUUGGAUGUCUUAUAACCUGGAACGUGUUCGUAGUGAGCCUGGCGGUAGCUGAUCUGGUGGUAGCCGUGUACCCUUAUCCACUCGUGCUGGUGUCCAUUUUCCAUAAUGAAUGGAAUUUGGGAUUCGUUCAGUGCCAAAUCAGUGGAUUUCUGAUGGGAUUAAGCGUGAUUGGAUCUAUAUUUAACAUAACUGGCAUCGCCAUCAAUCGCUACUGCUACAUCUGCCACAGUCUCAAGUAUGACAAGCUAUACAGCGACAAGAACUGCCUAUGCUACGUCCUUCUAAUAUGGAUACUGACUUUGGUCGCGAUAGUGCCAAAUUUUUACGUAGGCUCCUUGCAGUACGACCCCAGGGUUUACUCUUGUACAUUUGCGCAGUCGGCAAGUUCAGCGUACACUAUCGCCGUCGUGUUCUUUCAUUUCAUUCUUCCGAUUAUGAUUGUAACGUACUGCUACCUGAGGAUCUGGAUUUUAGUGAUUCAGGUGAGGAGGCGCGUCAAACCAGAGCUCAGACCCAAGCUCACACCGAAUGACGUGAGGAAUUUCGUAACCAUGUUUGUGGUGUUUGUUCUUUUUGCAGUGUGUUGGGCUCCUCUCAAUUUUAUUGGCCUGGCGGUCGCCGUGGACCCCGGGCGGGUCGCACCGCUAAUCCCGGAGUGGUUUUUUGUAUCUAGUUACUUUAUGGCCUACUUCAACAGCUGCCUAAAUGCCAUAGUCUAUGGACUGCUGAAUCAGAACUUCAGAAGAGAGUACAAACAAAUCAUUGUCUCACUCUGUACGGCACGGAUGUUUUUUCCGGAGAGUUCAAAUGAUGCUGCUGAACGGAUCAAAAGCAAGCCAUCCCCUUUAGUGACAAACAACAACCAAGUUAAAGUAGACUCGGUAUGACAACCCAAAUAUGGGCACUGUGAAUACAAACAUGCCAAAUAUCCAUCUCAGCUGCUUCCAUGAUCAAAGUAUUUAUAAGUUUGCAAUGUAUAUGCAGGUGUACCUGUUGCUUUUAAAAAGGUGCAUUACAGUUAUCUUUGCUUGUCACCGUGUUUACAAGUUCAUAAUGUUAGGCAAAUGUUUUUAUUUUAUUCAUACUGUUUUUAUAAUUGAUAUUGCUACAAACCAAUGUACAAACAGUAAGUACAAGGUGCCAAGUAUACAUGUAAGUGCUCAACCAUUUUUAUGAUCUAACAUUAUGACUGCAACAAGUACCAAAUAAUACAUUACAAAUCUUUAUUGUAUUUUAGUACAUACUAUGUCCUCAAAAGCAGUGGCGGCCGGUAACUUCUUUAUUCGAGGGCGCUCGAUGCGAACAUAUAUGUAGCCCCUAGCCCGUCAUGUGUGUGGUUCGUAAUUUCAAAAUAUGUGUUCUGCGCGUCGAGUGAUCCUAUGUGCAUCACGUGUCUUGUCAAAAUAAGUGCCUGCUGCAGACGCGUCUAAAGGGUUUAGGAUAAAAGAGAUGCUUUAAUCUCAUGCGUAAUCAGAGUUUACUGUUAAGGGAGUGUCUUGCGUGUAUUUUGUGAACGUGAGCGUCUCUUUUAUCAUAAACGGUUUUGAUGCGUGUGCUGCAGGCACUUAUUUUGACAAAACACGUGAUGCACAUGGUUCACAUGAUGCAACAAACACAUAUUUUGAAAACAGGAGGAACACACAUGACACUCCGAACACAUAUUUUGAAUUUGCGCCCCUCGGAUGAGCAGUCACAAGCCGCCACUGCUGAAAAGUACAUACGGUAUCUAUAGCAACAUGGUACAUAAAAGGUACCUUCCUAGACAACUUUUGUACUUCACACAAAUAAAAUGGCUUUUUAUAUAUGAUUUAUUUAAUUAAUUAUUAUACUACACUGGUUUAUUACCAUAUUCGAGUUCAGUAAAAUUGACAAAGCAUUGAAGCAAUAUAACUGAGUUGAAUCUAAAGGUUUGUGAGUGAACAGAAAGCCUGUACAGCAUAUCAAUGAUAUAUGCAUUACUGUUUACAUAAACACAGAUGAAAUGGAACGUAUUUGCUUGUCUAUCGUUUAUCGUAGAACAUGUGAAUAAACUGUGCUGAAUUAACCAAUAUGAAAAUGAAGAGGUUUGCAAGCUUAAAAGCUGUAGAAUGGGAGAAGUGGAUAUCCUUCUUUCCAAACAUUUAUUAUUGGAGGUUGCAGGUUCAUUUACAUAACAAUUUCAUGAAUCUGUGGCAUCAUGCUAAUGGAUUAUCAACAGUACCUUUAAAGGUUACCUAUCUCAAACAAUACUCCACACUGUUAACAAUUUCCCUGUAUUUUUACAGUAAGUUACUUGCAGCACAAUUGCCAGCAAAUUAUUAUAUUUCGAUUUACAGUUUUGUACUGUAAUGCAAAUUUACACUACACAAAACUAGUACUGUAUAACUUUAACAACAUUUUUUUUAUAUACAAUAUAGUACUGUAUCAUCUAUAUUUGUAUCAUUAUUAUUUAUAUAUAUAUUAUAGUAAAUACAUUAUAAAUUAUAUGCUAUCAUAUCUAAGAAUAUUGUUAGCAAUACUGCAUCUUAACUAAACAAUACUCCAGUUAUUUUUAACUUACCCCAUUCCUAGGCACGGUAAAACCUGUCUGUUUUUUGGACAGCCAUGGAGAGCGAUACAGUACAUUUUUGAAUUGGUGGUCUCAGUACACAUUGAUGUUCACCAUGUUUGCUUCUAUUCAAGCUUUCCAAUUCCUGCACAUAACAUAAUAAAGGUUGACAUCUCCUAUAGUGUUUUAUUUAUCACUGAAACCAUACAUACAAUAUCAUAUACAC